AUAUUUGUUGGCGGUUGUUGCUCCGUACCCUGAUGAUAAUGGAUAGGACGGGAUCCGUCUCGACGCUUAAUCCGAAAAAUGCGAAUCGACAGUUCUUCCAGUGGGCCGUUAAAUGGUUCUACGCAAAUGCAACGGACAACACAUCAACAAAGCCGGACAUCCCCAGCAUAAUUUGCCUGUUCCAAGCAAUCGGCUUCAAGCUCCGCGAGUUUGAAAAGGGCGAUCAGCUGAUCCCGACGAGCGACCCGCUAAAAAAGGAAAACGUGCGAAUAACAUUGGAAUGCGGCAGCUCAAAAAUGAUAGCUGUUCUCGAGACGGACGACGUCACUUGCCAGUGUCCGGAUACCAACGAAGCUAAGGACGGCUCUUUUUGGAGCGUCUCCGGAACUGGGCCCAUGUCAUCGAGCAUGAAUAACAUAAGCAGAGUCGAGGAGACGGGAAGCAACCUGUUGCCCGAUGUGCCGAAAGAUACCAUGGCAGUCGUGCGCGACGUCUCUCAUAAGCUCUUGAAGAUGAUCAAUAAGGAUGGUGACCAUAAUCAGAACACGGAUUCGAGCAUGAACUUUCCGGAUGCGUGCGCUAACAACACAAUCACCAAGAGCAGCGAGAUCCAUCAUGGUCUCGUUCGUAGCUACACGGAUUUAUACGAUCCUAAUUAUAAGUCGCGAACCAGCGCCAGGGUUACCUCGAACUUGGUCAGCGCGAAAUUCGACUCGACGAGAAGUCUCAUCAAAGACUCCGCUACCUACUUGUCGAAGAAGCCGAAGCUGAAUAGACAGGGCACUUAUGAGCUCGACGAAAACGAGAAUGACGAGCCUCGGCCGUCGCCUCCGAAAAUCGCAAGUUCCCCUGUACUACAUCAGCUGUUAUGCACUUCACUAGGCCAGUUAUCGUUGCAGAGCGACGAGGAGCUCGUUGGUUUGGCCGACUACGUCGUCAAGGCUCAUCAAAUUUUAGACAAGGCCGUCAACUAUAUCCUCAAAAAACUUCCGCCGUCGAACUGCAGCCAGUCAUCCAUUCCAGAGGAAAACGAAUUCGUAAAACCAGCGCCACCGCCACUGAUGAGCAGCAGCUUCUGCGUGAGUAACAGCCCUCGAAGCAGUGCAGGCAGUAACAGCCUGGUGAACCGAAGCGUGAGCAGCGGAAGUUCGUCCCGACCGGGCUCGGCGUGUUCGAUGCCAGGUAAAACGAUGCAGCCGAUGGCAGGUCGCUCAAUCGCUUCGGUGCAGAAACCUCUGGCCCGGCGAAGCGUCGCUGGUAUUACCAAUAACACCACGAGUGGCCUGCCGCCUAUGCGAGACCGGGCAAGCUCGCUUAGCGCAGCGCAGCGACCGACGAACCAGCAACAGGCUUCGCCGAAAAAAGGAGCAGGAAGCCUUACCGGACCUAGUAGGAGAAGAAGCACUACGUCUGGAGCCUCGGGUACAGUCCAACGCACGACACCUACGACCUCGCGACUGCCAGCCAGUAAGUUAGGCCUGGUAAAGAACACCAGCAGCAGCUUGAGCGCGGCGCUUACCUCCAAGAGUCAGGGUAACACCUCGAUAACGGCGCCACGAGCCAAUCUAUCGUUUAUCAAAGCCCCUUCGACAGCAUCCAGACAUAGCAGUGGAGGCACCAGCAGUGCCAACACCUCUAUUUCCAAAUUUGGCUACUCCGCUGCCAAAAAGUGAGAGAAUUCGAAGCUUUGCGCGCUUUUAGUUCGAUGAGUUUUUAUUCAUUAUUUAACUGUAAGUUUUCCACGAAUUCGAUCGAUCGAUGUUUCACGCACACUAACUGUAAGAAUUUUUAUAUAUCCUAGAUAAAAAACUAAUUAGCGUGUCUGUUAGAGUUCUUGAAGAAAGAAGCACCGCUUGUAAUUCCUCAUUUACAGAUACUUUAUUUAUCAGGCCAAAGUUUUAUUGUUUUAAUGAUACAUGUAUAACUGGGCAACACGUGCACGAGUAUUUUUCCUUGAUGCAAUCAAAUGAGUAUAACUUUUAGAGUAGGAAUCGUCCCCGAUCUCUGGUGUUGCAAAGUAAUACAUCAAAGUAAAAUAAAUAUUUUUAUGUAAAAUCCA